UAUUGAUUAAACCUUUUAAUCCCGAGAAAAAGGAGAAAUGAUAAACAAAAAGAAAAGGGUAAUUCCACUUGUACACUAAAGUGUACAUGUAGCAGCUUUCAAAAUAAGAUUAUAAAACAAGCAUAGUGCACGCAUAUAUAUGAGCCAGCUUUCUUACAAGUUUAAAAUUUUGAAUGAGAUAGUUGAACAUGGAUAUUACUGAUUAAGCCCCUAAUCCUAGUACGAAGCGAUGAUAAACAAAAAUAAAAUAAAAUAAACAAAACACACAGUUUUUAUAGUAAUUCACUCUUAAUGUGACAGUUAAGCAUGUCGUCAACUACAAUUUUUUAGUAUGACGAAGAAGAUAAGAAAUCUUAUACAAUCCACACCAAACAACAUUGCUCAACUGAAAUCCUUAGCCUAUGUUUGGCCCCAUAUUCUCUAAAACUCAUUUUUCUUCAAACUCAUUUUCAAUGACACAUUUUGUGAACCCCGCGACUUUUAUUAACUUUUCAAAAACACACUUCAUCAACUUUUAUAAGAUCUACUAAAAAUCUGAUUUUUAGUUAAACCAAGCGAGAACUAAGAAUAUUAGGCAGCCUGUUACAUAUUUAUAUGGUAAUAUGGGAUAAGUAUACAGUAUGAUUAUAUUCCAACCCAAAACUGAUAUCCUUGUUUUCAGCUGGUGUACCAUAUGCAUAAAAUGAUACAUGUAAAUUGUUAUGAUUUUUUCCUUUUAUGUAGGAGAAAAACGAGAUGUUGUAUAGGAUGGAAGAGCUUCUGGAUGAUAUUUUUACUCUCUCUUAUUGGUGUGACAAUAAACCAGAAUGUCUAUUUCCAAGGUUUGUAUCUAUCCUCAUCAUCAGUUGCAGGUGCAUUGGGGAAUUUGGUACCUGCUGUCACCUUUCUCCUGGCCUACAUCAUGGGGUUAGAGAAAUUGCAUAUUCGAAGCUUGAGAAGUAUGGCGAAGAUCAUUGGCACGAUAAUCUGCGUUACAGGUGCCGUAGCCAUGGCUCUGCUGAAAGGUCCAAAGCUACUCAACAAAGAGUUUCUGCCAAUUAUGAGCCAAGGAGGUGAGAAUUGGUUGCUCGGUUGUUUAUUUCUCUUUGGAAGCUCUUGUUGCUGGUCACUUUGGUUAAUUUUACAGGUCCCUGUAUCAGCUAGCUACCCGGAUCAUCUAUCUUUAACUGCAUGGAUGUGCCUCUUUGCAGCAUUGCAAUCUGCAGUCGUUACGUUGAUCUUGGAACCCGAUAUGAAAGUUUGGCGACUGAAUUCGUAUCUCGAAUUCCUUUGCUGCUUGUAUGCAGGUGUAUCAUCAGCUGUUACCUUCUUUGCUCAAGCCUGGUGCAUUGCACAAAGAGGUCCACUAUUUUCUGCCAUGUUCAAUCCUCUAUUAACAGUUGUAGUGACUGUUUUGGCUUGUGCAUUUCUACAUGAAGAGAUGUUCACUGGAAGUUUGGUAGGUUCACUUGCUGUGAUUGUUGGAUUAUAUGUCGUACUAUGGGGCAAAGCAAAAGAGAAUGAAGAGUUGAUGAACGUUGACCCUAGUCAGAUAAAGCAGCAAAGCAAUCAGAAACCACUGUCUAGUGAAUCUUCAGAUGAAACAAGCUGUAGAAUUGAUUUGGAGGAACCUCUUCUUUCAGACAAAUCACCGUACAGUGGGGAUAACAUAUGAUGGAUCAGUACAAGAAUAAACAGAACUUAAAGUUUUGUACAUCCCUAGCUACUUUAUUGACUUGUAGAAUGUAUUGUUCACAUUGAUUAAGAAAAAGUAGUGGGAUUUUAGGUUUCUCAAUAUGCCUUUAUCCGCAAAAAUAUCGAGAGGGUUCUGUUGAACACAAAUCUAAAUAAAUGAAUUUUUAUCAAAAGUUCA